GGAGUCUGGAGAAGAAGGACUGCGGCAUACAGUAAUAGGCCAUGAUGGGCCCCAGAACGACAGUCAGGCUCUGUUACCGAGACCAGGCUUAGUCGUUGACGAUCUCUUCGAUCUCGACCCUCGUUUGAUGAUCCACCAUCGUCCAACGUCCACUACAAGUGCCCUUCUCCGCCUCACAUACAUACUACUCGUACUCUCGUUGACCCGAACCUGGCCGCCACCACAUUGCGAUGGGGCGAAUCUAAACAAUCAGCGUUCGUUGGGCGGGUUGGUUCUGUAUUCACCCUCUUUCAGCCCUCUGCUGGCACUGCCUUCGUUUGCCUCUCCUCCAGUGCUCCAUUCACUUGAGCCUUGCGGACGACAUGCUUUUAUGACACUUACUACAUUCAUAGCUGUACAGACAAGGCGAAACACAAUAUGAGCUAAAUCAUGGGUUGCUGUUCAUCAAGACCUGACAACUCUGAUGCCGCUCAACAUGCGCGCACACCCGCCCCUCCUCCCGUUCGACAUUCCCCUCAGGCGAUAACCUCUCAGACCGCCAUCAACGGCGCAGCGCAGGACGCCCAUAUCAGCAACCUCGCCCCUCCCUCUGGCCUAUCCAUACAACAGAGCGAGACUUCUCGCUCCGCCCUCUCGACACCCCGACACUCCGCGCACAAUUCCUCUCGAUCACGUCCAACCCGCCCACUCUCACUAGCAGAGCAUUUCAACCUCCCCCUCCAACCCCCCAAGCCAUGGACAAGCAAGGACAGAACAUGGACACGCACCCAGCUACGACGAGAAAGAUAUGAGUUCUUCGAGACGCGCGUGACUGGACGACACGAGGUUUGGGAAGGUCUUAAACAAACAAUCGAAUGUCUGCGCGAAGGUGAUCUCGCAGAUGCACAGGGCAUUCUUGACGCUCUUGCCGUGACAUUACCAACUGGCCGUCUCGAGGAAGGCGCGUACGAUGAACACGGAAACCUAUACAAGAUGCCGGAGGCGGUCAUUUCUGACCCCACAGACGUCGUUGAAGACAUUGCCGACAUGGACAGCCAGACCGUCACUGGGACCGGCGACAUCGAUGUUCUUGCUGCGAAACUGGAAGCCGCGGAGGGUUCGAACUCGGACUUGAGCAAAGACCCGUCGAAUGCCGAGAAGACGAAAGAAGCCAAGGGCAAGGCCGCUGUCGACAAAGAUGCAGUGAAAGUCCGGUGUCGCCUCAGUGACCGUGGUGGACCAGAUGUGGUUGUGCUGCUGGGGAAGAGUGAACGAGUGGGAACGCUUGCUUGGAGGAUAAGAGACGAGGCUGAGGUUCCCAAACUGGCGAGCAUUCGUGUGGCGUAUCUCGGCAAGAUUCUCGAUGACAAGCUCACACUUUCCGAGCAGGGCUGGAAAGAGGGGCACGUUGUUCAGGCACUGAUUGUUGGGAGAUUUGCCACAUGACUACCUUCGACUACUCCUAAUACUCGUCGAUGAUCGCCUGUUUAGCGGGAGCGCUACCUUGAUGUCCUGCUCUCGCAUCAUCUGACGAGGACUGUUCGAAGCCCAUGAACUUUUGAAUAGCGGCCGGGGAUUGCUUUCAAUGGCCGGCCCAGGCGUCACCUCAUUUGAUGGGGAAGUUUGUACAUUGUGAGCACCGUAUUCGGACCCAGGCCGGAGUUUUGGUGGGAGAGUCAGCGGUCCAUAUUUUGUCUCUUGCCAGCGACAUUUACAAUAUCGGAUCCGGAAUACCCUGCACGCUGGAUAUCUAAUUGAAUUCAUGGGACAUGUACAGAGAUGGGGAUGUCACUAGAUGCUUUUGUCGUUGCUUCCAUGUCGGCGUCAAGAAGGAAGGGCAAGAAGAGAUCUAGUGUGGUCGGGUCUCUAUGUAGGGCUAUGAUUUUGUGAGCGUCGCUUGGUUGGGAUUUCAUUUUGCUACGGGACAUACCAUACUGAAUGCGAAGAGGGUGUUUUCUUUUUCCUUGGUGACGGCUAUCUCGCAAUUUCCUUUGAAGCACUGUAGAGGUCAAGGCUGACA